AUGCCCCCAAAAAGCUCAACGACUAAUGUUAAUGAGAAAGAUGCGAAGUCAAGUGGACUUUCUUUGACAAUUACUCCUGUUACAGGAGCGGCUUUGCUAGUGUUACUUGCCGCUAUGCUAUUCUCAUUUGAUCAAUACAGAGAUACAACGGUUUGUGAACUAAUCAAAGGAAAUUAUGAUGACCAAACUGAAUGGUUUACUGCUGACCAUAAAAAUAAGGAAGAUUAUCUUCAGUAUGAACCAGGAACUUUUGUUUAUAGACACAUAUAUAUGGAACAAUUUGAGGAAGAAUUUGGCGUGAAACCACUAUACUUUCCCGUGAUUGAUGAAGAUAUUGCUGGCAUAUUGGCAAAGCAUAAUCUUAGAUUCCGCCUGGAAAAUUCCACCGACAUUAACCAAAAUACCGUCAAAGCGAUUCUCAGGGAAACCGAUAAUUAUGCCCCAAUUGUUGAAAAGAUGAAAUUUGAAGUUGGAAAUGGAACUUUUGUUGAUGAUGGAGGAAUUUAUAUUCGCUGGAUUAAUGAUAUUGUAAAAUAUGGCAUGUAUGCUGCCAAACCUUUCAAAAGAAGAGACGUGUUAGGAAUCUAUGCUGGAUUGGUAACGCGUCAACUCACCGACCUAGAAUAUGCUUGGGAAUUUAAUUAUCUUGUGGAAGCCAAAGAUGACGAAGGAAAGAAAGUAAGGAUUUGUAUUGAUGCGAAACACCAAGGAAACUAUAUGCGGUUUGCCAACCACAGAGAUAAACUUCAAAAUGGUGAUCAACUUUACGUUGUUUAUAAUGAUAUUUGGCACGUUCUUUACAUCGCACAAAUGGAUGUCAAGGUCCAUGAACAAAUCUUUGUCAAUUAUGGACAAGGUUACUGGGAAAACAAAAAGAAAUAUGAUUUCUAA